ACAAUUUCCAGGUUGUUUCACAUUGUUGAAAUACAGUAGUUAGUCAUGAUAAUGGAAGUGGAGCUUGUUAUGACAUUUUGGGCUGCCCCAAUGCUGUGAAGCAAUCAUAUAAAGAUGUGAAGCAUAUGAAAAUGAUUUCCUAACAGCAAAGGACUCAAAGCAGUUUUCAUUCAGCUAAACAGAAUGACUGAACAUCAGCCGGUGGGUUUGCUUUCUGAAGCCAGAGAGGGCUUGAAGAGCGAUAUAACAGUGUCUUCCCUGGAGGCUCUGAAACAGCAGAUCAAGACCUUGGAAACCCAAAGAGAAGAGGUACUUCGAGUGAAUAAACAGUGGGAUAAACACGUCAAAAUGAUGAAGCAAAGUUUUGAACAAAAGGUUAUGGAAAUGCAGAAGAGUUUAACAGCUUUGCAGAAGGAUAACAGCCUCCUAAAGGAAGGAAUGGAGCAGAAGCAGCGGGAGUUUGACAAGAAACUCAUACUGGCAAAGCAAAGGAUUGAAAAACAAAUGGAAGAAAAUGAAAACAUGUGUGCAGCAUUAAAAGAAGUUACAAGACAGAAUCAGUGCCUACAUGAACAAAAUGCCCACAUAACAAGGAAGAAGGAACAGCAAGAAUGUGAAAUAAGACGACUUAAUAAUGUUCUGGAAGGAGCAAUGCAAACUUCAGAUAAAGAGGAGAUGAGGACACAAAUUGAAGUUCUCAGACACCAGGUUCAGAUUUAUGAAGAAGAUUUCAAGAAGGAAAGAAACGACAGAGAAAUCCUGAAUGAUAAAAAGGAACAACUGGAGUCAGAGAUACAUAUGUUAAAAUCACAGAGGAUUACCAGUAUUCCUUCACCUAUUUUUGCCCACUUAAUCAUUUCAAAAAUCAUGGGGAUCCAAUGGCUACCUUGUGAAGAAGCAGUGCUAAAUGAAAUGCAGGUCCAUCUCAGGAUCAAUACAGGCAUGCGCAUUCAAGUUCUUCUAUUAGUUCCCACUGAAAAUAAACUGUUUCUGAGGGCCAUUGUAAUCCAGACGUUGCAGGUUCUCAGCUGGCCACCAGCAGUCAACACAAUGCAAAACGUGCAUCCUUGGAUAGAUCGUGAUGCGAUUCCAUGA